UUUUUUUUUUCUCUUACUUUUUUAUCAGUAGUAUUUGCCUCAUUUUUUCAAAACAAGUUGGUUACUAUGUCUCAUUUAGCAUAUGGAAGAGGUCUAUCUUUGCUUUCCAAUGGUUUGUUUGCAAGUACUACUUUAACAGUGGCGGUGGUGACACUUCCAAGUUUGAAACGAUGCAAGGAUCCCAUACCUGUAUUUACGCGGACAUUGGAAAGAGGAGGCAAGUUGGCAGUAAGUAGUAUGUUGGUGUCUAGUAUUUGUCAUUUUUAUAUAUAUUACAAGACGCGCAAUCGACAAGCAUUAUGGUGUGGUCUCUUGUCGUUCAUCAGUGUGCCUUAUUCCAUUGUCUUUCUGCUUCCUAUCAACAAACAAAUCUUAGCUUUGGACCGUAAAUCCGCAGUCGCUCCCCCUGAUGCCGUCGCCAACUCCCAGUUCAUUGACUUGAUAGCUCAAUGGGGUUCCCUUCAUUGGUUUAGAGUUGUGGCUUCAAAUGUGGCAUUCAUCAUGAAUGUGUUUUCUUCGGUUUAGUUUUAGUUUUGUCUACUAGUUUUUUUUUUUUUUUUAUUAUUUCAAUCAAAC